UAAAGUUCAGCUCUGAUUUUCAGAUAUUUAUCUGUCAGGUAAUGAGCUGAUACUUUGAAAGUGUUAGGAAUUGCAUUCCGAAAGUAAUGAGGAAUGUACUGCUACUCCUUUAUUAAGCCUUUAUUUAGCAAGUGUAUAGUAGGGAUCAUUUUUCAAUUGACUGUUAUUGUUGAGCUGAGUAGGUUAUUAUUUCUUAUAGAAAAGCUCAGUCAGCAGUGUCCCCUUACUGCAUUUUAGUCUCAUCCAGCCUCUUGAACUGCAGCAUUAAUCUGCAUUAUCACAUCCACUACCAGGCUGAAUAGAAACAUUAUACACAUUUGAGUGACUGAGUAAUGUGACAUUUCCUUUCAGACUAUAAGUCUUAGCCUGAUUGAGUUGUGAUAUUAAAUAUGAGUGCCGUACAGCGGAGUUUGUCAGUUUUAAACACAUGUCUAUCCAAAUGCAUAAUACAUCUGGUACAUACAAUACAAUAUCUUGGCCACUUGCUCUGCAUCAAACAUUUAAUGGUACAAAUGAUGUCAGUUAAAUCAAAUCUAUUGAUCUGAGGUUGUACUUCAGCUACAGAGGAGACCAUAAUCAAAUCUCCAUGAGCAAACAGCUGGAGGGAUUGUGAAGACCGUGGAGGGGUUGCGGGAGACAAAGAAAUGGGUGACAAGACAGAGGACACACAGCCAGACAUAUUUAUAGACGCACGAUCCAAGAGCAUGGUGCUUGGAGAGCUGUCUCGGGUCUCCAGGCCCUGCUCUCCUCUGGAUCAUGAGAAGGCACUGAAGGCAGGCUGGCUGAAGAGACAGCGGAGUAUCAUGAAAAACUGGCAGCUGCGUUGGUUUGUUCUGAGGACUGAAGCUCUGUAUUUCUACAAGGACCAGGAUGAAACCAAGGCACAGGGUUGUAUUCCUCUUCAGGGCAGUCAGGUCAAUGAGCUGCCUGCCAAUCAGGACGAGCCUGGUCGUCACCCCUUUGAAAUUGUUCCAGGGGCUGGAGAAAAGGAUCGAACAGGCAUCAGCCACGAAUCAUUCCUGCUGAUGGCCAACUCUCAAAGUGACAUGGAGGAAUGGGUCAGAGCCAUUCGUAAAGUCAUAUGGGCUCCUCUUGGAGGAGGUGUCUUUGGGCAGCACCUCGAGGAGACAAUGUUGUACGAGGCCCAGUGUGGCCCUCAGCGACUGGUCCCUGUGCUGGUCGAACAGUGUGUGUGUUUCAUACGUGAACAUGGGCUCCAGGAGGAGGGCCUCUUCAGGGCCCCUGGACAGACCAAUCAUGUUCGAGAGCUGCAAGAUGCCUUUGACCGUGGCGAGAAGCCAGUGUUUGACAGUUCCACGGAUGUCCACACAGUGGCAUCACUGUUAAAGCUGUACAUAAGGGAGCUGCCGGAGCCUAUAAUCCCAUUCUCCAAAUAUACACAGUUUCUCUCUUGUGCUCAGCUUCUUACCAAGGACAAAGCAACGGGUAAAGUGGAGCUAGGCAAACAGGUGAAAUCCCUUCCUCAGGUAAACUACAACCUCCUCACAUAUAUCUGCAAGUUUCUGGACGAGGUUCAAUCUCACUCCAAUGAGAAUAAGAUGAGUGUUCAGAAUCUGGCCACUGUGUUUGGACCCAAUAUCCUUCGGCCCAGAGUAGAGGAUCCAGUUACCAUGAUGGAGGGAAGUUCACAGGUGCAGCACCUCAUGACUGUGCUGAUCAGUGAACACAGCCACCUUUACCAACGGGAGGAGACAGAAACUGAGGCCAAGAUUCUCCCACAACAACAGCAGCAUUCUCUCCAACGGUGCAAAGUGGAAUGGCUCUCACAAGAAGACACUGACCUCCCGCCCAAAUCUUCAACUUCUUCUGAAGACACUAAGCCGACUGCACCAAGCCCCAUUACAAUGUCAGAGAAGGGUGAGGAUGGUCAGAUUGAAGUAAUAGGCAAAGGUAAGACAGAAGACAAAGUGGAUGGACAAGCAGAUAGUAAAACUGAAGUGAGAGGUGGAAGUGAGGUAGCCGUUAGCCCCAGUAAACAGUCUAAAGCCCUGCCCUCCUGGAGGAGCUCCUUGAGAGGAGGUGCAGCAUCUGGGGGGCAGAGGGGGAAGAUAGGGGGGUCGGCAGGGGAUGUGUCAGCAGCUGGUGGAAGCAACUGGCUGAUGAAUGGCCUGACAUCCCUCCGAGCUCACAGGCGCACCACCUCAUCUGGUGAAAGACUUAAAGACCCUACCAUGAAGGAUUCAACCAUCUCCCUUAAAGAGACCACUCUUCCACUUAAGGAUACACAGAGAGACUCUGAUGAAGACUCCACUCAAACACCCCUGUCUCACAGAGCCCUCCUCCAGUCCCACAGACUGUCUGCCUAUGACAACGUUGCCCCCUCCAGUCUAAGCCUACCUGCUGACACCUCGUCCAUGUGGACCGCCUUUGAGAUCUCAUUGGCCGAGCCAAAGGGAAGCGAUAAGGCAGUAAAAUUAGAGCAGGGUCAAGAGGGACCCACAGAGGUGAGGGACAGUACAAGUCCUCUGGAUAACGGUGCAAGCGUUACUGAGGAGGAUAUCACAGGAACAAAUGAAGGUCUCACCAACAAGCUGACCGAGCUCAAGCAGGAGCUGAAGAAACAGAGGACGAGCAACGAAACCUGCAUUCGCAAGUUGGAGGAGUCCUGUUCCAAGUACCAGUCCCAGGUUAACCGUCUUGAGGAGGAGCUGGAUCAGGAGAAAAAGAAGUUUCAAAUGCUUGAGAUCCGAUUCAGGAACUCGGAGAGGGCACAUCAAGACGCAGAGAACCGAAACGUUCUCCUCCAAAAAGAAAUGGAGGAGUUCUUCAAUACCCUUGGAGAUCUGACCACAGGAGCAACACGGACCAACUAGACAAGA